AUGCCGUCGUCGACGAUCCGGAGCAUCUCCAUCACAGUAUCUGACGACGACGGCGCCACGGCGCCCCGGCGUACCCGCGCCGGUCGACGGAAGGUGGUGCGCAGCUUGGGGCAGCGCGCCGUGCGGCUCGUGGCCCGGUGGUGGCCUAUCCUCCUGCUCCUCCCGGCCGUCGCGCUGCUACUCUUCGAGGCCUCGCGGCUCCGUGCCUCUCCGAGCCCCCCGCCAGUAUCGAGCAGCCUUGGCCGCCUAGACCCGACCACGCGCCUCGUCCAUGGCGUGCGCGAGCCGUGCCUGAAGUUUCUUAGCCCGAAAAGUAUAGAAAAUUUGGUAUUUCAUGAAGGCUCAGGACUUAAUGCUGUGGUCAAGAGGAUUAUAUACAAAACUGAUGACGACGACUAUGACUCACACCACUCUGAGGCAAACUCUACCUAUUUACUGCAGCACGCAGAAGCUACCAGGUUCAAUUUGUUUACAGGAUUCCAAACAGUUCCUGAAAGAGAAGAGAGCUUCAAGGUGAAUGAGACUGUUAGUGUGCACUGUGGUUUCUAUAGUGACAAUGGUGGUUUCAAAAUUUCGGUUGGUGAUGUCAGAUACAUGAGAACUUGUAAAGUUGUUGUGUCUACCUGCGCAUUCGGUGGUGGGGAUGAUCUAUAUCAACCUAUUGGAAUGGUCAAUUCUUCUAUUGGAAAGCAGGUCUGCUAUGUGGCUUUCUGGGAUGAGGUAACACUAUCAACUCAAGAAGCCGAAGGAAAAUUAACUGGCGAGAAUGAAAUGAUAGGAAGGUGGCGUAUCAUUGUUGUCAAGAAUCUCCCCUUUGUAGAUCAACGUCUAAAUGGGAAAAUACCGAAGAUGUUGACUCACCGACUUUUCCCAGAAGCAAGUUACUCUAUAUGGGUAGACUCUAAAUACCAAUUCAGAAGAGAUCCAAUAGGAGUGCUUGAAGCACUUCUUUGGAGGACAAACUCUACCUUUGCUAUUUCUGAACAUGGAGCACGGACUAACAUUUAUGAUGAGGGGAAAGCAAUUGUUCAAAAGCACAAGGCUACUCCUGAAGAAGUAGAGGUUCAGCUAACUCAAUAUCGUCAAGACGGCAUGCCAGAUGAAAAAAGACUACAUGGAUUAAAAGCUUUGGCUGAAGCUUCUAUCAUUGUGAGGGAGCUGACCCCAUUGACGAAUCAUUUCAUGUGUGCUUGGUUCAAUGAAGUUGUUCGUUUCACAUCUCGGGAUCAACUCAGUUUUCCAUAUGUACUAUGGCGUCUAAACAUGCCAGGAAUCAACAUGUUUCCUGUGUGCACUCGAAGGGACCUUGUGAACAGUUUGGGUCACACAAGGAAAGUAAAACCUCUUACACAGACGAAUUCAGAUUCUUCCGCGGCAUGA